GGGCUUAAAUUGGAUAGAGUGCGCCAGGGCAACUCCCAUACGUGCGCUGCUUGCAUGUAAGCUUCUUCCUUAUACGUCCAUUCUCUGCUUCUUGCCCUGCUGAUAAUACCAGUGGAGGUAGCUUUGGUCCCUCGCUGAUUUGAACAGCAGGAACUCGCAUCGACGGUUGGGUUCCUUGGGUUAGUGAAGACUAUCCCAUUAUAGGGUUCAGCUGGCGAUAUGGAGAGCAUUUCUUGCUAAAGCUUUAAAUGGCACGAAGCUUGGAUAUAUGUCACCAAAGGGAUUGAGACUGUGAAGAAUAAAUACUGUGAUGGUUUUUCCUAUCAGUGUUGCAGAAAAGAUACGUUUUCUUCAGCCUAUGUGUCCUCAAUUUUUCUUGUUAAGAGGGAGAUUUUACAGGACUCCAUCCCUGAGUUGCAGGCUUCGUCAAGGCUUGCUUGAGUGUGGUUUAUCUUUCGCAGCAAAUCAGAGACAAGGUUCUAGAAGGACCUGCUGGGAAAGAUUUGUCGGCAAAAUGCAGAAUUGUGUCACAAAUGUUGAUACAACUAAAAUGGGUAUGGUACUUCCGGCAAAUGAACUGCAUGUAGAAGAAGCAGUUCAUGCUCUCAAGUCUGGGCAAGUUAUUGCCGUACCCACUGACACUCUUUAUGGCCUUGCUUGUGAUGCCUGCUCUGUGGAUGCUGUUAAUCGAAUCUAUGAGAUUAAAGGGCGGAAACUGACUAGUCCUCUAGCUAUCUGUGUUGGAAAAGUGUCAGAUAUCUGUAGGUUUGCAGUCACAGAGAACUUGCCAAAUGAUCUGCUUGAAUCUCUUCUACCUGGCCCUGUCACUGUUGUGCUUUUGCGAGGAGAUUCGAGUAACCUGGAGGAAUCCCUCAACCCAGGGUUGGAUAGUAUAGGAAUUCGUGUGCCUGAUGCUACGUUUAUUCAAGCAGUUGCACAAGGUUUUGGAAGUGCCAUUGCCCUUACAAGCGCCAACUUGAGUGGGCAGCCUAGCAGUGUUGACAUUAAAGACUUCGAGGAUCUUUGGCCACUCUGUGCACACAUUUAUGAUGGUGGCCAACUUCCAGUUGGGCGUUCUGGGUCCACAGUUGUGGACCUUACAAAUCCGGGAAAGUACAAGAUCCUUAGGCCUGGAAGUGCUCUGGAAGAAACUGGAAACGUACUUCGGAGGUUCAAUUUAGAGGAAGUUGUUUGAGUACUGAACAACAAUUUCUCUCUGAAUUAACAUAAAGGAUCAGAAUUUUCAAAUUUUGCAAUUGGUGUCACCAUGCAUGAAUAAACAAGCUGACCUCAUGUCUGUAACAUUGCCAUACUAUUGGGAAAAAAGUUGUGUCUGCCUGUAAUUUGGCUGCUAGUACUUGCUGAUAAUUUUUAUUACUCUUUUCUGUUUCAAAACAGGCAGCAGCGCGUUCACAAAUACACAGGCAACACGAGAAGUGUUUCUAUUUGGUUAAUAACAAGUUCUCUUACACAAGUUUGCAAUUAAUGCUAUCUAUCAUGAUCAAUUGCUCUAUCCAUAUUCAUUACGAAUUGGUGCGUCGGAUUUUUGUAUGAGCAAAAGCAGUUGGUAUGCCAGGCAGAAAGAAGAAGAAAAGAAAUUAAGAAACAAUAUUGCUUCUUUAUACCAUCAGCUUCCCAAGUGAAUGAGAAUCAGUUCUGGAUAGAGUAAAACAACAGCAUGUCUGUGAAUCUAAAUCUCUGUUUCCCUCUUCUUUUAAUGUAUAUGAAACUGAGAAUGGUCUAAAGACCAACAUCAUGUCAAACUAUUUAACAUGUGAAUGUGUUAAAGUAGGUAAUUUUUUUUUGGUUUGCUUUUAGGGCUUGUUUAGUUAGCAGAAAUAUCAGAAAAGAGCUGGAUAUUGAAGUUAAGAAGCUGAGUUUUAACUUUUAAGUAUUCUAGUGUUUGAAUAGAAAACCAGAAAAACAAAAAUGAGGUUUUUUGAAAGAAUCAGACGAACCAAACACCAUUAAGAUAGUGAGGUAGUUAAAAAUUGGAAAAAGUCUGACUUUUGAAACCCUAAAAACAGGAGAUAUCCCUUUUCUUCCUCCAGUCCAAUCUCUCUUUUAUCUUUGGUGGCUCUCACAAUCCAUCCGCUCUCAACCUAUCAUUUCCUCUUAUCACAAGCUCCACUGUUCCGGAAAUGAGAAUGUAAUCUCUCUCUCUCUUUCUCUAACCUCUCUCAUUUGAGAGUUCUUCUUCUAGUUCUAAUUCAUUCUCUCUCUCUCUAACCUCUCCCUUUUGAAAAUUUUUCAAUAUCUCUGGUUUUCUUUAGUUUAGGCACUUGCAUUGUCAGUGUUCACAUUCAUGGGUGUCUGGCUACAUUCCCUUUGCUGUUUUUUAGUGGUUUUCCAUAUGAAAUUAGGCCCAGUUCAGCUCAUUGAAGUGUUAUACUCAUUGGAGUGUUAUACUGAGUCUCAUUUCUUUCUAAAUAUUUUCCCUACUGUUGACUGUUAUCUUUUCUGUAUGUCUUUUUCAUUUCUGAGUAAAUAAGGUUAUAGUGUUGCACCUGCACCCGAGUCGACGCGGGUGCACCACCAUAUUUGGUGCACCCGUGUGACAACCAAACAGUCUUUUUUCUUGAAUUAUUGGACCACAAAGAGCAAUUACAGAACGUACAUAUUCAAUUGGAUGCAGCUUUUACAGUUUUAUAAUGAACAUGAAGAGUGGAUAUAUUUAAACUUGUGAGCUACAAUUUGAUCUGGAGAAGAUGGUAUCAUCAGCCAAAAAAAGGUUGAGUGUGUAAAUUGUAAAAAACAAGAUAAAAGCUAUAUAUAUAUAUAUAUGUGUGUGUGUGUGUGUAUGUAUCAGAGAGUUUGGGUGCUUCUUUUGUUUUUUCCUAUUGAAGUGAACUCUGUUUUGCAUAUCUGCAGCAAUAUAGUGAAGUUCAGUUUCACAGUUUAAUGCUUUACAUGCAUAUCAUUUACAUUUGAUCUUCAUGAACUCAAAAUAAGCAUUGUUCCUGAAGAAAACUGCUCAUUGUUCAUGUCUGUUCAUCAGCUUUGGAAGGUGUAGAACACAGAACGUACAUAUUCAAUUGGAUGCAGCUUUUACAGUUUUAUAAUGAACAUGAAGAGUGGAUAUAUUUAAACUUGUGAGCUAUAAUUUGAUCUGGAGAAAUGGCAUCAUCAGCCAAAAAAAGCUUGUGUGUAAAUUGUAAAAAACAAGAUAAAAAAGCUUCUUGUAGCUGCAGGUGCAAUUUCUUAUCACCUCUUUACGAGAUCUCUUUCUCUCUCUCUCUCUCUCUCUCUAUUUAGUAUAUAUAUAUAUAUAUGUAUGUAUCAGAGAGUUUGGGUACUUCUUUGGUUUUUUCCUAUUGAAGUGAACUCUGUUUUGCAUUUCUGCAGCAAUAUAGUGAAGUUCAGUUUCACAGUUUAAUGCUUUACAUGCAUAUCAUUUGCAUUUGAUCUUCAUGAACUCAAAAUAAGCGUUGUUCCUGAAGAAAACUGCUCAUUGUUCAUGUCUGUUCAUCAGCUUUGGAAGGUGUAGUACCUCCUCCCAUAUUGAUUACAUUUUUAUCCAUUGUCUCAUGCUAUCUUUUUGUUAGUGUUAUCCAUGACCUAAUAUAUAAUAUCAUAAUCAUCAGCAAUAUCCUAUUGGCUUCCAUUUCCCAUUUUGAAAUGACUGCUUUAUAGAACAAUAGACACACUAUUCUUGUCGUAAACACAAUUAUAUGUGGUCUCAACUUUUAAAGACACUGUUGGUGACACUAGUCACCAAUAUGGUCCACGUCUGCUAAUUACUUUUAUUAGCCAUUCCUUUUGGAAAAAAUGGCAUGCUGUAUCAUGUUCCAUUUGUGAAUUUACUCUAUCAAAUAGGUUUAAGAAAAAGUACAGAAAUUCUUACUUGAUUCAAGUUGUGGCUUUUGGUAAAUCAAUGCAUUUUACAUAGUGUGAAAAGUGAAGCCAUGAUUGAUGAUUCACAUGGCACUAUGUGUAAUGUUAUUUCUUUAAAAGGUAAAUGAUGGGUUUUAUUUUAACUUUGAAAAAAUAAUUUUACACGACACUUUAUGAACUAUGUCACUUUAUAAACAAGAAGAAAUACUAAAUAUAUAUCAAAAUAAAAAAAAUAUAUCAACAUAAACAAAUAAACAACAUAGAAAAUAUAUAUCAAUGGAUUUUGCAACAGUGUUUCUAAGAAGCCUAUGAAAAACUUUAAACAUAUGGACAACUGAGCAGCCCCCUAGACAGUCAAAUAUAAACAUUAGUCGAAUUUUCAUGCAGGAAAACAAAAAUACUACUAAGAACAACAAUAAAAAGAAAAAAUAGUUCAUGCAGGAAGGUCGCUGGAGGUCGCCGAAAGUUGCUGGACGUCGCUGGAGGUUGCUGGAUGUCGCCCACAAUUUUGUCGAGGCUCUGCGUUUUUGAAAGGAAAUAAAGAAAAAAAAACCUAAGUUUUGGACGAAAAUAAACUCGGUCAACAUUGUCCGAGUUUGUUUUUGGACAGAUACGGACCUGGGUACGUUGAGUGUACCUGAGCCGCACCCAACACUGUACCCAUACCCGUGUCACACCCGACUGAUAGGGGUAGUCCACCAAAAUUAAGAUACCCAUGUUACAUAGUUUAUGAACUAAUAAUCAAGUUCAUUGCAUGACUUAUAAAUCAAUUUAAGCAGUCCUUAGAUUUACGCAGUUCACACACACACACACACACACACACAUAUAUAUCAACAAAAAUGAAAUUACAUUUAACAUAAAAUAUAUAGGGCUGAUGUGAAAUAAAAUUAGAGGCUUCGUGAUUUUAUAAGAGCCUAUGUUUGUCAUCAAAAAUAAAAUAUUUAAAUUUUAAUGACCAUUAUGUUUUUAAAGACUCUAAGGAGUAAGUUAUAGUGUUAUACAUUGAAAUAUUUAUUUGAUACUUAUAAAUAUUGGGAUCCAUUUAUCAAAUUUAUCUUUUUUCAUAAAGAAAAAAUUUACCUAUUUUCUUAUUUCCUAUUAUUUAUUCUGUUUUUUCUAAUUUUUAAUACUAAAAAAUAAAUUUCCAUUUUACAUCAUAUUACAUUAGGUGACACUAUGUAAAAUUGACUCGACUGAUACGGGUUCCACAUUCACAAUAUUGGCUGUACUGGUGUUCAUGAGCCUAGGUGGGGCAGCUCAAGCUCAACUUGAGUCUCGAAAGACUUUGCUUGAGCUCAGCUGAAACUUGGGUGGGUUGAGUUUGAGUUCACCAGCUCAAACUUGACUCAACUCAAUCUGCUUCAGCUUGAGCUAAUCUUAGCUAAGAUGAUUUUUGAGACUAAAUCAAUUAACUGCAGCCAGGCAAACAUUAAUUUUUAUAAAAAAAAAAGAAAUGGAAAGGCCAUAGGCCACUUUGAAAAUGGAGAGCUUUUUUUGGUAAGACAAAUGAGACUCCCAACAUACCAACUAAUCUGGUUGUCUUAAUAUUAGGAAAGAUAUUGUCUAUAUAUUAUCAUAAUGAACUUAUUCAAGCCUAAAUGAGCUGCGCUCACCUGGUUCGAGCUUGAUUCAUUAAAGAAAACAAGUUAAACUUUGACUACAAGAAGAGGGGCACACAGUGACAGAUAGAUGAGCCGUUGUGAUGGCCCCCAAAUGCAACAACUGCUCGAGUCGUUGUGAAAAGAGGGGAAAACAGUUUGUAAUUUUUUUUUAAAUUGUACUAAAUUCCAUCUUUUAGAAAAGAUGGAAAUAUUGUGGCUUUUCAUCUCCAUGUCGACUACUUUGCCCCCCUUACUGUUUCAUCUUUUUCACUGUGUUUACUUGAGCAAGGGGUUGCAGGCAUUAAUGCCUCCUCAACUACGAAAUGCAGAGAGCUUCUCCUAUGAUCCUAUUCUGAAAUUUCUGCCCUUCUCUCCACUUUGACUCUCCUCACACUCUCUCCAUCUUCUGGUCUUCACCAGGUUGAUCUCAAGCUCUGAAAAAUACCAUAAACAAGAACAAAUUUUAUUGUGUCUUUAUGUUAAGUUCCUUAUGAGUUUAUCUUAGAUUGAGAACAAAUUUUUUGAAGGACGUCGAAUUUUGAGGUUCAUGUUCCCUGUUUCACGAAUUUCUUGAGCUUUUCAAAUGGAAUAAAGUUCAUUGUCAUUUUUCUUUCCCAUUUCUUUUGAUUUGUGCCUCAUAGCUAUAGAUAGGUUGUUUGCCUUAAUACCAAAAAUGAUAACUUAUUUGGUGUACCUAGGUAAAUACUUAAAGUUUGUUCACAUGUGCCCGUGUAUGAUUUCUUUUAGUUGCCUUUCAAUUGGUUCAGGCUGUAGCUCAGGGUCUUCAAGCAUCUGCUGCGGCAUUUUGCAUUGCCAUAUAGUAAGUACAAGUACCUGCCAAUAUCUUACCAAUGAGAUUAACUUGGAUGCUUUAAAAGUAAUUUUGGGAUCUUUUGAAUUGAUGAACUUUGAUUAAGGGAGCCACUUUCUUGUUAUUGAAAGUUUCUUAUAUUUGGUACUACGUAAACAGUCAUAUGUUGGGGCUAUUUGCUGGCACAUGACUUUGACCUUCUCUAUUACACGGUUGAUGUAAGUCAAGUUUUUUGUCAGUCAAGCAUCUAAUCAGUAGGUUACUGUUCUACGUGGGAGAAAUAACGACUACCAUGAGACUUCCUAAUAUAGGUUGUCUGCUUUGUUCUUCUUCAUUAAAACUGCGAUAUGCACUCCUUGAAUAUAUCCAUUGGAAGAGGCCCACUUUGGCUACAGCUUCAUGCACUAAUUCUCCAUCUGAGCUAACUGAUAUCCUGGAUUUCCAAUUUAUUUUUUUGGACAUUUUGUAUGUUAGUACGACUGAUGGGUAUUCUGAAAGCAAUUUGAAGGUGUUAUAAAGCUACUUGCUCUAUUUUUUUCCUGGAACUCCUAGUUACUUUAGCGGUUUAGCUUAUGACAUAAUUGCCAUUUUGCUUUAGAAUCUCUGUGUAACAGCUGCUUCUUGUCCGACAAGGGAAAUUCUAUUGAAGGGGAAGAAGGUUAGUUCUUUUUUGAAGGCAUGAAUCAUCGAGAUCAUUUGCACUUGGAUGUUAUAGUUAUUUUUUUCUUUUAGUUAAGUGGUGAGGUCUAGUUGGUAAGUGUGUGCUGAUACUGAAAAACGAUUGUUGUGGCCAUGCUCUACCUAUUCAUUCUUCAACUCAUGUUAGGCUUGCAUGGAGUGCUUUUCUCCAUGACAAACGAGUGGAGGCAAAGUUUAUAAAAUUUGUCCACCAGAUUGGGUCUGUCAAAGAAUUAAUUGUGUUGAACCUUCUGACAGUAAUUAUUUUAUUGAUAUUCUCUGUUAAUUUCUUAGUAAAAACUUCCAAAAAAUUGCAUGUUAUGUUAAAUAAGUGGUAUAUAAAUCUUAAGUGAGAAAGAUCUAAUUUCCACUUCGUAGAUAAUAUCAGUUCAAAGAGGAUCUUCAAUAAGGUACUUUUCUAUUCGGGAAAAAAAAAAACUUAUGAUAACAUUUGUAAACGUAUCUUUAUAGAUGCAUCCAAAUGAUUCGAGAAGUACUUGCAUGUAACUGAUGUGUCAAGGCAUUCAGUCUGUCGUGUUGUUUUUCUUAUAUUGAUUAUUUUCCAACUGCUCUUCACUUCUUUGCAAGUGAAAGGCAUAGCACUAGCAGAAGGUAAACCUCUGCCACCACCUAGUGUCAAUGCAGAUCUGUCCCCUCAGCAUGGAUGAUUUGAGAUAUGCGCAUGAACAGGCAUGCUGCAGUCUAGAUCUUUGGUUUGUGGUUCUUGUGAAAGAGGAAGAAUUAUGUCUAUAUAUACUCUGGUGCUUUUACUUGACAGAGGUACUUAUGUUUGAAUGAGCAGAAUGGAUAAGAUGGAGGGACGCUUAAGCUCUUCAAAUAUGGGAUCAUAUGAUCUAAAAUAUGAAUAUUCAUAAUGCUUGAUAUAUGAACAGGAGAAUAAAAAAAAUAGAGCUCCUUGUUAUUAGCUUUCGUUCUUGCUAAGUUUGCUGCUUUCAUUGCUUGAAUGUCAUGGUAAGGAGAAGGAGGAAGUAUUUUACAUUCCUACUGUAUUUUCUCCUUUUUUCCGUUUGUCCUUCAUGGGUGGACCUUGCUUUUGGUCCUAAAUUUAUGAUUUGGGAAAAUAAAUCAACAGGGCCAUUAAAUCUUUGACUAUUUGGGAACAUGGUCUACAAAUCAGAGGCAUUUUGGCAAGAACCCAAGUAGUAAAGAAACACCAACAUGGCAAGGACAGUAACUGCCUUGAACUGAUAAAUAGAAGACAUCGAUCUGCAUUUUCCAGUGAAAUCUGAAAUGAAUAAGCAACAGGACAAGGACAAGUACCUACAACAGGAGAUGAUUCUGAAGACAUUCAAGCUGCUUUUUGAUGCUUUGGUGCUGCUCUUAAGAUCCAAUGUGAUCUGCCAACACUGUGGGGAUCACAAGGCAGUCAGUCAACUUGAACCAACUGUUUGUUUUACCCUCGAAAAUUGCCAAAUAGGAAUGGACAACUCAAGAAUAGUACUAGAAGUGAAAUGAAAAACAAGUGAUGUGUCAUAUAUAUAUGUGUGUGUGUGUGUGUGUGUGUGUGACUGUGUGAUUAUGCAGUGGAGAAGGAAUGGUUGUGAAAAAUAUUGAGGACUUCUCCAUUUAGGCCAUGAUGUCACAUGUAUGCUACUCAAAUGAAGCAGUACUAGUACAGAACCAGUAAGAUACUUGGAUGGGUAUUGGUGCGGCCUCGGGUAAGUCUCAAGUAUGGUCAAGGCCAUACCAGGUGCGAUCAAUGUACCUGAAGCUGAAUCAGUCCUUUUUUGGACUUGGUCAAACUUAACCGAAUCCAAGACCAUCGAAAAAUUGGGUUUGGUUUAAUUGGGUAUUACUGUGUAUGCAUAGGUUGAUUCCUUGAUAUUAUAUAAAGCAAUAAAAAAUUACAAAUUUAUACAAUGUAUGCCUAGCUUGAAACUUCUUGUAUUGUUUUUUUUUUUUUGAUUUCCUAGGCAAAAUUAUGAGUUUGAACUUUGAAUCUAUAAAUUGUGAAUCAUGAAUGUGUUGUUUUGUA